AUGUUGCCGCCUGAUGCAUAUGACCUGGUCUCUGAGUAUGAAAUCCCCAGUCGGUGUCUCGAGUACUUACUGGGGUCUCCGUCCCAGACACAGAAUUCCGUAACCCCAUCCAAAGCGCCUCUUUUCUCGCCUAUUGCAUUUUCAACUACCUUUGAAACUGAGAAAGAGCUCUUGCUAAGUCUUCUUACACAUUUACCCGUCUUAAUGCCACUCAACGUUGCUGCUCGCCUUUUCCAUGAAUCUAUCCGCCUUAUGGUUUCAUUGCUACUCUUCUCGGAGCGGCCAGACUCGGACGAUGAUUCUGACAAAUUACCCUCUAACUUUUCUUUGAAGAUGGUGAGAGCAGAAUUCAGUAUGAAUAAUCUUAUCGAAAAACCUCUUCGCAGCUUGGAUUCAUUUCCUUUUGACUCCAAAGUCACUAUGGCUGGUAGCAGAAUUACGAAAAUCCUCGGGUGA